AUGCCUGGUCCAACGGCAACAGCAACACGCGAGAGAGUGGUAGCACUGCGACAGGAGGGCUACAAGCAGACUGAUAUCGCAGAAGUCCUAGGGAUAUCACAGAGUGCAGUCUCUAAGAUCCUGAAACGUCAACGUGAGGCGGGGAAUGUGCGGCCACGGAAAUCUCCAGGACGUCCCAGAUUGACCACAAGAAGAGAUGAUCGCCAACUGUUGAAUUUCAGCCGCAGAAACCGGAAAUUGUCCACGAGCGUCUUCGUCGCUUGUGGAGGAGAUAUCAUGGGAUCAACGUUUCCUGGUCAACCGUUAAUCGCAGAUUGCUCCAACAUGGUUACCGAGCACGACGGUUGA